UGGUGUGCAUGUGUGAGAUUUCGUUGCACAAUAUUUCUUGAAUUUUUCAAUAAAAAAAUAAGUUUGGUUGGUUUUGAGUGUUGUUUUUGUGUUGCCGGUGCAUCAUGAAGCUGACUUGUAGCAGAACUAACCCGCUUUUAGGCGGUUUAAUUGCGGCCGAAUAUGUAAAAAUCUUAAAGAACGUUUCACUGGAAGUGCAGUGGGGCGAUGCCAACGUUGUUGAUAACUGCUCCAAAAAAAUUAUUUGCGAUACUAACAAUGAUUUAUUGAGGGCCAUUGCGCGAUUAUUCGCCGAAAAUGAGUUAUACGGAGGCACUCCACUUGAAAAAACUGAAGUCGACCACUGGUUGAGUUACUCACUGAGUCUAAAAACAUCAAAAAACGAUCUUAAAGACCUUUUAACUUUGCUGGAUAAGUCGCUACAAGCGGUCACGUUUCUGGCCUGUAAACGGCUAACAAUUGCCGAUUUUGCAGUUUUUGCAAGUCUUUACAGUUCCAGACCUUGGCAAGACCUGAUUUCGCGAAACGAAACCCCUGUUAAUGUUUUAAGGUGGUACAAUUUUAUCCAGUCACAGCCAGCUGUUGUGCAGAUUUUGAAAUCAUUGCCUAAUGAAGCUAAAUCAGCGUUGGUACCACCAGCAGGGAGACAGUCUUUAGAUAAGUCAAAUGUGGGCAAUAGGGCACAAGAGGGCAAGUUUGUUGAGUUGCCAGGGGCGGAAAUGGGCAAGGUCGUAGUCAGAUUCCCACCUGAAGCUUCAGGAUAUCUGCAUAUUGGUCACGCAAAGGCCGCCCUCCUUAACCAGUAUUACCAAGAGGCCUUCAAGGGAAAGCUUGUUAUGCGUUUUGAUGACACAAAUCCAGCUAAGGAGAAUCUACACUUUGAAAAAGUGAUCCUUGAAGAUGUUGCUUUAUUGGAGCUGAAACCGGAUAUGUUCACUCAUACUUCGCAGUAUUUUGAUUUAAUGUUGGAAUUUUGUGAGAAGCUGUUGAAAGAGGGCAAGGCAUAUGUGGACGAUACUGAUCCUGAGACCAUGAAAAUGCAACGCGAACAAAAAAUUGAAGCGGCUAGUAGAAAUAAUACUUACGAGCAGAAUUCAAAAUUGUGGGAGGAAAUGAAAAAAGGGACACAGAAAGGCCAACAGUGUUGUGUGAGGGCGAAAAUUGACAUGCAGUCGCCCAAUGGGUGUCUCAGGGACCCCACAAUUUACAGGUGCAAGAACGAACCCCACCCCAGAACUGGAGACAAAUAUAAAGUAUAUCCGACGUACGAUUUUGCCUGUCCUAUUGUGGACUCCAUUGAGGGUGUGACCCAUGUGUUACGAACCAUGGAGUACCAUGACCGUGAUCCCCAAUUCUAUUGGUUUAUUGAAGCUUUAGGUUUACGCAGACCUUACAUUUGGGAGUACAGCAGACUCUCAAUGACCAACACUGUUCUAAGUAAACGAAAAUUGACUUGGUUUGUCAAUGAGGGGCUUGUGGAUGGAUGGGAUGAUCCCAGAAUGCCUACAGUUAGAGGGGUGCUGAGGAGAGGGAUGACUGUUCAAGGCUUGAAAGAAUUUAUCAUAGCUCAAGGUUCAAGUCGUUCGGUUGUUUUCAUGGAGUGGGACAAAAUCUGGGCCUUUAAUAAAAAAGUUAUCGAUCCGAUUGCCCCCCGUUACACUGCGGUGGAAUUCAAAGAUCCUGUUACAAUCACAGUGAAAGGGGUUAAAGAAGAGUGUCUUACUGUUCCCAAACAUCCGAAAAAUACAGACGUUGGGAAUAAAUCAGUGUGGAUUGGACCGAAAAUUAUUAUUGAUCGAGUCGAUGCUGAGUGUUUGAAAGAAGGGGAAAAUGCGACUUUUAUCAAUUGGGGGAAUUUGCUCAUUAAAAAAAUUAACAAGGAAAAAAAUGUAAUUACAUCGAUCGAGGCUGAGCCAAACUUGGAUAAUAAAGACUAUAAGAAAACACUGAAAUUAACGUGGUUGGCGGUCACAGAUAAUGCGAAGUUUACGCCAACGUGGUGCGUUUAUUUUGAUCAUUUAAUUAGUAAGGCGCUUUUGGGCAAAGACGAAGAUUUCAAACAGUUUAUUGGACAUGAGACGCGAAAAGAAUUUCAAAUGAUUGGUGAUCCUGAAUUAAAAAAAUUGAAAAAAGGGGAUAUUAUUCAAUUGCAACGACGCGGUUUCUUUAGAGUUGAUGUUGCAUACGAACCUAUGGAUUUGGUGACUUGUAAAGAGCAGCCAGUUAUUUUGUUCUAUAUUCCUGAUGGGCAUACGAAGGAGAGCCCGUUUGCGCUUAAUACUGCCAAGGCCACGACUAAUGCGGCCGAACAGCCAUCAAAAGCUGCCAAACAAGUCGACUCAAAAUCGGUCAAAUCAGCUGCAGACGUUAACUCUGAAAUAAUAAAACAAGGUGACAUCGUGCGAAACUUGAAAGCUCAAAAAGCACCCAAAGAGGAAAUUGACACUGCGGUCAAAGCUCUCCUAGCAUUGAAAGCUGACUAUAAAACAAUCACCAAAACGGAUUGGAAACCCGGAUUUGUGCCCCCAACAACUUCCGCACCUGACACCAGUGAUCUAAAUGCGAAAAUAACGGCCCAAGGCGAUAAAGUACGAAAACUGAAAGCUGAAAAAGCCGACAAAAGUGUGGUCGAAAUUGAAGUUAAAUCUUUAUUGGCUUUGAAACAGGAAUACAAACAAAAGUUUGGGAAAGAUUGGGUGCCUGGGACCGCACCACCUGUCAAAACUGAACCCGGGGAUGACGAUUUAAAUAGUAAAAUUACCGCACAAGGGGAUAAAGUGCGCAAUUUAAAGUCUUCCAAAAGUGAUAAAAGUGUGAUUGAGGCUGAAGUUAAAGUUUUACUAGCCCUGAAGCAGGAGUACAAGCAAAAGUUUGGUAAAGACUGGACUCCGGGAAGUGCUCCAGUCAAACAAGUUCAAACUUCAAGUGGCAAAAACGAAGCGGAGUUGUUAGACGCUAUCGCCAAACAAGGCGACAUUGUGCGAAAAUUAAAAGGGGAGAAAGCUGCCAAAAGUGAUAUUGAUCGUGAAGUUAAAACUUUGUUGUCUCUGAAAGACGAUUUCAAGAAAUUGACUGGAAAAGAGUGGAAACCGGGCAUGAAACCGGAAAAUAACAUUUCUGUCGUUUCUCCUGGUGGUGGUGACUCGAUGGACUCGGUUACGAAGGACGCACUAGUGGCUAAAGUUACCGAACAGGGGAACGUUGUGAGAGACUUGAAAGCAAAAAAAGCGAGCAAAGAUGAGAUUGAUAAAGCCGUCAAGGUUUUAUUAGAUUUGAAGGCUGAGUAUAAGACACUGACUGGGACUGAUUUCCCAGCCCCUGGAAGGACUCCAAGUAAACCGAAAGAAACGCAACCCAAAGUUGCCAAAAGUGCCCCUAAACCAAAAGAAAAGAAAUCGGUGUCUCCUCCAGCCGAUGAAGGCGGUUUGAAAAAACAAACACGUCUAGGUUUGGAGGCCAAGAAAGAGGAAGACCUCUCCGACUGGUACUCCCAAGUGAUCACCAAAGGCGAAAUGAUCGAAUAUUACGACGUUUCCGGUUGUUACAUUUACAGGCCUUGGUCGUUCGCAAUUUGGAAAGCCAUCAAAGAGUGGUUUUCCACCGAAAUUGAGAAACUUGGCGUUCAAGAUUGCUAUUUUCCCAUUUUCGUGUCGCGUAGCGUUUUGGAGAAAGAAAAAACGCACAUUGCAGACUUUGCACCGGAAGUGGCGUGGGUCACAAAGUCCGGAGAUUCGGACAUGGCGGAACCCAUCGCAGUGCGGCCAACUUCCGAAACUGUUAUGUAUCCAGCUUAUGCCAAGUGGAUUCAGUCUUAUCGCGAUCUUCCGAUCAAACUGAAUCAAUGGAACAACGUUGUCAGGUGGGAAUUCAAACACCCGCAACCGUUCCUUCGCACUCGGGAAUUUCUAUGGCAAGAAGGCCACACGGCUUACGCCUUGAAAGAGGAAGCGGAUCAGGAAGUAAAAACAAUCUUGGACUUGUAUGCCCGAAUUUACACCGAUAUUUUGGCCAUUCCGGUCAUCAAAGGUCGCAAAACCGAGAAAGAGAAAUUCGCAGGGGGCGACUACACCCUGACUGUGGAAGCGUUCGUUUCUGCAAGUGGUCGAGCAAUCCAAGGAGCAACGUCGCACCACUUGGGCCAAAACUUUGCGAAAAUGUUUGAAAUAAUUUACGAAGACCCCGAAACGCAGGAGAAAAAAUACGUUUAUCAGAAUUCUUGGGGUAUCACGACCCGAACUAUCGGUGUUAUGGUGAUGGUCCAUGCCGAUAAUAAGGGUCUAGUGCUUCCCCCGAGGGCUGCCUGUAUCCAGGUUGUUAUCGUACCAUGUGGGGUGACUGUAGGUUUGUCGGAACAAGCACGCAACGAUCUCCAAGCCUCGUGUGAUCAACUUGAAGCCGAAUUAAGUAACGGAGGGAUUAAAGUUAAAGGGGAUUACAGGAAUAAUUACUCGCCCGGUUGGAAAUUUAAUCAUUGGGAACUGAAAGGUGUCCCAAUUCGGGUCGAGUUGGGCCCUAAAGACAUCGAAAAGAGACAAAUUGUGGCUGUUAGGCGAGACACCGGUGAAAAAAUUACGCUCCCGCGGGAUACAGCUGUUGAAAAACUACGCAAAUUAUUGGAUGACAUUCAGCAAAGUUUAUUGCAACGUGCCAGCGAUGACAUGAAGAGUCACACGGUUCUGUUGAAAGAUUGGUCACAAUUUGCCGUUAAUUUGGACAAGAAAAAUAUGAUUUUGGCACCGUUUUGCGGGGAAACGUCGUGCGAGGACAGAAUUAAAGCUGAGAGUGCUAGGGAUGAAGAUGCCGAACCUGGGGCCCCGUCAAUGGGGGCCAAGUCGCUCUGCAUACCGCUGGAACAGCCAGCCCCCAUCCAAAGCAGCGACAAAUGCAUCCACCCCGCUUGUAAAACAAAGCCACAAUUUUAUACGUUGUUUGGGCGAAGUUAUUAAAACAUUUUCCUAACAUUAAAACAUACUUUACUUUUUAAACAUAACAACAAUAAAUUACAUUGAACUUUUCA